AUGAGCGAGGACCCCGCGGCGCCCGGGAAGGCGGAGGGGCUGGAGGGAUUUCUGCAGCAGCACCCGGCGCUGCGCCUCCUCCCUGCGGGCAACCGGGUGCAAUGCACGUUGACUGGUCAUGAGCUGCCGUGCAAGCUGGAUGCCCUCCAAGCCUACACUACAAGCAAGAAAUACCUGCGGCUGACCAAGGUCCCUGGCACCUGUGACUACCGGGAAUAUGAGCCACACAUUGUGCCCAGCACCAAGGACCCACAUCAGCUAUUCUGCAAGCUCACCCUCCGGCACAUCAACAGAACUCCAGAACAAGUUCUCUUUCACGUUCAAGGCCGGCGGUAUCAGAAGGCUUUGAAGAGAUAUGAAGAAUGCCAGAAGGAGGGUGUGGAGUACGUCCCGGCCUGCCUUCUCCGGCGGCAGCCGCGUCGGCGGUGGCGCCAGAACCAUCAGCCAAACAGCUGCCAGCAGCCCCGCCAGAAGGGGGAGUUCUGGGAGCCUCUGCCCAGCGACGAGGAUGGUGAGGAAACAGACGACAGCAUGAGCGACCUGUACCCGCCAGCCAUGUUUCCAGAAAGAAGUCAAGGCGGGAAGGAGGACAGUGACGAGUUCAUGACAGACAGCGACGAAGAGGUAGCCAAGCCGGCAAUGGAGCAUGCCAAGGGAGGCGAGGCCAAGGAUGUCGGUUCGGCAGUGGGCAGCAAACGAGGAAAGACACAGGCAGGCCCCCUCAAGAAGAAGUUCAAGAAGUCUGCACAGAAGACACAAGAGCUUUCGGAAAGCGGUGGACAGGAAUAA